ACCUGCGUGGAUUGGUGAGAAAAUAACGUAAUAAUUGGUUUGCACUGUAUGUGCAGGAUAGCCAUGCAAAUAAGGUCAGUCACCGUGCUUGAGACUGAUACUUGAGUCUUGAUAGCACCGAGCACGUAUCGUACUGUAAGCUUUUUAAACAAAAUGUAUAAAUAUAUUUUUUAUGGAUCUAAAAUACCUAUUUUAUAAAUAAUAAUAAUAUCUCUCUAUCUCUCUAUACACUGAAGAUGAAGACUAUAGGUAACUAUAUAAAUACUGUCAAAAAUUCCCUAACUCUCCUACCAGCUAUAGGAGCCCACGGGUCUGCGUCAAUAGUCCUCACAUACUUCAUCGUAGACGGCUGGUUAUGUGAUUGGUUCUGGCCAAUAUUCUUCUUUUGUUCUGUCUUACCGUCAUGCGUAGAUCUGACCACAGCUCUAAUGGUCCUCUUCUCCUCUAAGUGGUAACUCACCACUUGGUUUCUCACGAUUUUAUACGCUAUUUCAGUUAGUUUUAGGGUUUGAAUUUUCUUGCACCGUUUGAAAUGCUUUUCCUUACACUUUUUUCUUCGAAGGAUUUCUUGUUUGUUUUAUUAAGAGUAUAUGAAAGGAAGAUGUAAAGGGAUGAAGACAGAUGUUGGUAUCACGAAUGAGCACCAGCAUUUGACUCAGACACACGAUUACCGGCCGGGAUGGUCGGUCUACCUGGUGCUAGCUGGUGUGGUCACCACGCUGGGGUCCUCGCUACCGGUGGGAUUUAAUAUCGGCGUUGUUAAUACACCCGCUGAGGUGAUAAAGCAGUUCUGCAAUGAGAGCUUCAUCAGCCGCUACGAUCUGCCACUUGACGAAACAUGGCUCAACGUACUCUGGUCUUCCGUUGUCUCCAUCUUCAUUGUUGGAGGAUGCACUGGAUCCAUCCUCGGUUCAGUGCUGGCUGAUAAGAUGGGGAGGAAAAGAGCAACAAUAGUAACAAGCAUCUUAUCAAUAGCUGGUGCAUUGAUGUUUUUAUUCUGUCGCACAGCGAACUCUGUAGAGAUGCUGAUACUUGGAAGGUUGCUUGUCGGUUUGGCUGGUGGUCUAACAACUAGCAUAGUGCCGAUGUACCUAACGGAGUUAGCCCCUCUAAGACUUACAGGCGCGAUGGGCGUGGCCUGCCCCAUGGGGGUCAACGUGGGGGUCCUUGUGGGACAAGUUAUGGGACUUAGCUUUAUAUUGGGAGGAGCUGACGACUGGCCUUAUCUUUUAUCCGUCUACGCUGUACUAGUCAUUAUUUGUUUACCAGUUUUAUUUAUAUUACCAGAAAGUCCAAAGUACCUGUUUGUAGUUAAGAAAGACGAAGUUGAAGCUUUAAGAGAGUUAAGCCGGGUUCGUGGCGUGUCUCCCAGCGUGCUCACAGAUGAAUUAGAAGCUGUACGUGAAGAGUCACAUACCGGUAGUGCGAGCUGCGGCAUGCUGCAAGCGCUGCGUGACCGCCGGUUGAUGCUGCCGCUGCUGCUCGUGUGCAGCUCGCAGGCGGGACAGCAGACCAGCGGCAUCAACGCGGUGUUCUACUACUCGCAAACGAUCUUCAAGCAGGCGGGUCUGUCGGACCAGCAGGCGCAGUACGCGACCAUCGGCUGCGGCUCCAUCAACGUGUGCACGGCGCUGCUCAUGCUGCAGCUGCUGCCGCGCGUGGGCAGGCGGCCCUUGCUGCUCGGCUCCACGCUCGCCGCUGCCGGCAUACUGGCGGCGCUGGCGGCCGCUAUGGGCUGCAUUAAUGCGUAUCCAUGGAUGGCGUACGUGGCGAUGGUGGCGGUGCUCGCUUAUGUUCUAGUCUACGGGUUCGGACUUGGUCCCAUACCGUACUUCAUGGCUUCUGAGCUGUUCGAAGUAUCUCCCCGAGGUGCGGGUAUGGCGUGGGGCUCCCUUGCCAACUGGGGCGGUAACUUUCUAGUCGGCAUGUGUUUCCCUUCGCUAAGGGCUGCGAUAGGCCCUUACUGCUUCCUCGUGUUCGCAGGGCUCACUGGGGCCCUAUUUGUGUUCCACAGAAUGUACUUCCCGGAGACGAAAGGCAAGACACCUACGCAAGUGUCGCAGCUCUGCAGUCUUGGGUUCGAUUCGCGACCGUUACACUCCGAGCCGUUACAUAGCGUGUGACGUCACAAGUUACUGCGUGAUGACGUCAUACCACAUACGUGACAUCAAAACCUGUACAAAAUGGUCGAUGUUGCACAAUACAUGUGACGUCACGCCACACUCGUUAUGUUAAGUGUAAUGACGUCGUACCCCAUACUGGAUGGACACUUAUUUACGUGAACAUUGUGACGUCAUAUGACACGUUUGACUUCAAUCCGCCCUUUAA